GAACCUGAUUCAGUUUCUCCUUCAACAGCAGGGACUUUUCACUCCUGACUGCAGAAAAACAGCUUCAAUGUGACCAUCCUUCGUAGCCCGAGGCUGGGUAAAACGGCCUGAAGAGGCAAAAUCCGAAAAGCUCUAUUAGUUGGCAAACUGCCGUCACUAGAAGAGUUGAGGCCCCUUCUCCUCCCCUGCCUGGCCUUCAUUCCUGGGAAUGGAACAGGUUCUUGCGGCAAGCGUGAAUCCUCGAGCAGGUCCCAGGAUCACGAUCCUCACCUCCCCGCGGCACUGAGUGGCUACAGUUGCAAAUGUGCGUCCACAGGGUCACUGUCCAGCAACCAGGACCAGGUGCCUGGCCAUCUGGGGAUCGGAAGCAGCUCAGCGGGACGCUCUGGCCGCCUCCCCUGACCCCAGUUAAGAUGUAGAGCGUUCGACCUAAAACGCCUAGAAACAAAGGCCAGGCCCGGGAAGGUCCAACCACUGCGACGCCGCUCCCUCAAGCUCCUCCCUCAAAGCCGUCUCAUUUCCCGAAACUCCCAAACACAUCACAGAGAGAGGUGUUGGGCUAGGUGGUCACUCCCUUUUCCAGAACCACAGCAAGAAGUUGAGCCUGCUAGGCCCCUAACCAGAGCCCUGGGGCCUGGUGGGACGAAAAGCCCUAUUAGGUAGCAAACAGCUGUCACUAGUGGGGUUGAGGCCCCCUUCUCCCCUGCCUGACGACGACGGCGGCAGGCACUCGACCGGCGUUGCACAGCUCGCUACUCGCCUUCCCUUGCGCAAAUCUCGGUUACCCCCAACGACCCGCGGUCACCGCCUCCGCAGCAGAGCGCCGGAAACAGAGACGCGUUUCGGAAGGGAGGUGCAUGCUGGGAACGGCGCUGCAUGCUGGGAGCUGUAGUCUGCGACGCAACUCGGCCGAGGUGCGUCCCCGGUCCCUGAAGCUCCCAGAGCCCGCGUGUUCAGGCGGUCCUGACACCCCGGUCCGAGCCACACCUGCUGGAGGGCUAAACGCCUGCCGGCCCUCCGGGUAUGAGCGGAGGCCGUGACAGCCCUGGGCUCCGCCGCCCCCGGAAGAAAAAACUACAGCGCGGGCAGCUGCCCAGCCUCGUAAGAGCGGAGCUCGGGAACCCCGCCCCCUGGGCCUCCGAUGUCCGUGGCGCUUUCCGUCGCCCGAGUGCCAUUGGGCCGGCCUGUCACGUGACCCGAGGCCCCGCGCCCGGUUGGCUGCCGCCUGGUUACCAAUGGGAGACUAGCGGGCCGGCGUCCUGGCCUGGUCCAGCACCUGCGGGGCCCUCGGGUUUGGAGGGCUGAGCUGAGCGGGGAACGGUCGGGACGGGCCGGAGGCGGCGGCGGCGGCGGCGGACUCGCCUUCUCUCCGGGGCUGCGACCCCGAGGCUACCGGCUGCAGAUGGGAGCCCGCGGAGCCGAGGAUGCGGGCGGGCCGGGGCGCGACGCCGGCGAGGGAGCUAUUCCGGGACGCCGCCUUCCCCGCCGCGGACUCCUCGCUCUUCUGCGACUUGUCUACGCCGCUGGCCCAGUUCCGCGAGGACAUCACGUGGAGGCGGCCCCAGGAGAUAUGCGCCAUGCCCCGGUUGUUUCCAGAUGACCCACAGGAAGGGCAGGUGAAGCAGGGGCUGCUGGGGGAUUGCUGGUUCCUGUGUGCCUGCGCCGCCCUGCAGAAGAGCAGACACCUCCUGGACCAGGUCAUUCCUCCAGGACAGCCAAGCUGGGCCGACCAGGAGUACCAGGGCUCCUUCACCUGUCGCAUUUGGCAGUUUGGACGCUGGGUGGAGGUGACCACAGAUGACCGCCUGCCGUGCCUUGCAGGGAGACUCUGUUUCUCCCGCUGCCAGAGGGAGGAUGUGUUCUGGCUCCCCUUACUGGAAAAGGUCUACGCCAAGGUCCAUGGGUCCUACGAGCACCUGUGGGCAGGGCAGGUGGCGGAUGCCCUGGUGGAUCUGACUGGUGGCCUGGCAGAAAGAUGGAGCCUGAAGGGCGUAGCGGGAAGCGGAGGCCAGCAGGACAGGCCGGGCCCCUGGGAGCACAGGACUUGUCGGCAGCUGCUCCGCCUGAAGGACCAGAGUCUCAUCAGCUGCUCCGUGCUCAGCCCCAGAGCAGGUGCUCGGGAGCUGGGGGAGUUCCAUGCCUUCAUUGUCUCAGACCUGCGGGAGCUGCAGGAUCAGGCGGGCCAGAGCAUCCUGCUGCUGCGGAUCCAGAACCCCUGGGGCCGGCGGUGCUGGCAGGGGCUCUGGAGAGACGGGGGUGAAGGGUGGAGCCAGGUAGAUGCAGCGGUAACGUCUGAGCUCCUGUCCCAGCUCCAGGAAGGGGAGUUCUGGGUGGAGGAGGAAGAGUUCCUCAGGGAGUUUGACGAGAUCACCAUUGGCUUCCCAAUCACGGAGGCCGGCCACCUGCAGAGCCUCUACACAGAGAAGCUGCUCUGCCACACUCGGGCACUGCCUGGGGCCUGGGUCAAGGGGCAGUCAGCAGGAGGCUGCCGGAACAACAGCGGCUUUCCCAGCAACCCCAAAUUCUGGCUGCGGGUCUCAGAACCAAGUGAGGUGUACAUUGCCGUCCUGCAGAGAUCGAGGCUGCGUGCUGCGGACUGGGCAGGCCGGGCCCGGGCACUGGUGGGUGACAGUCAUACUUCGUGGAGCCCAGCGAGCAUGCCAGGCAAGCACUACCAGGCUGUGGGCCUGCACCUCUGGAAGGUGGAGAAGCGGCGGGUCAGUCUGCCCAGGGUCCUUUCCACGCCCCCCGUGGCUGGCACUGCGUGCCACGCAUACGACCGGGAGGUCCACCUGCGUUGCGAGCUCUCACCCGGCUACUACCUGGCUGUCCCCAGCACCUUCCUGAAGGACGCGCCAGGGGAGUUCCUGCUCCGGGUCUUCUCUACCGGGCGAGUCUCCCUUAGCGCCAUCAGGGCAGUGGCCAAGAACACCACCCCCGGAGCAGCCCUGCCUGCGGGGGAGUGGGGGACCGUGCAGCUGCGGGGCUCUUGGAGAGCCGGCCAGACGGCUGGGGGCAGCAGGAACUUUGCCUCAUACCCCUCCAACCCCUGCUUCCCCUUCUCGGUCCCCGAGGGCCCUGGCCCCCGCUGCGUCCACAUCACUCUGCAUCAGCACUGCCGGCCCAGUGCCACCGAGUUCCACGCCAUCGGCUUCCAUAUCUUCCAGGUCCCAGAGGGUGGCAGGAGCCAGGACGCGCCCCCACUGCUGCUGCAGGAGCCGCUGCUGAGCUGCGUGCCACAUCGCUAUGCCCAGGAGGUGAGCCGGCUCUGCCUCCUGCCUCCAGGCACCUACAGGGUCGUGCCCUCCACCUACCUGCCAGACACAGAGGGGGCCUUCACCGUGACCAUCGCAACCAGGAUUGACAGGCCGUCCAUUCACAGCCAGGAGAUGCUGGGCCAGUUCCUCCAGGAGGUCUCCGUCAUGGCAGUGAUGAAAACCUAACAGGGUGGCCACCUGUGCCAGCUCAGGGGACUGGAACACAAGGGCCUGACAGGUUCCCAGCAACUGGGCCGGCCAGCCUGGCACUGUGAGGGCUGGUCCUGAGUCUUGGCCUGCCUCCCAGCCCUGCCAGGGGGCUGCUGCCUAAGGGUCCACGGGAAGCCUCCAUCAUGAGAGACUCAGCCCUGGGGGCAAGCAGGUGCUGCAGAGGAAGGGCGGGAAGCUUGGUGGCUUCUGUCGCGCCUCUGAGACGGCAGAGACCCCAGGAUCCCAGAGCUUUCCAGGAUCCCUCCCAGAUCCUCCUCUGCUGACUCCACGCAGAAGCCUCACACCCACAGGGUAGGGCAACAGAUCUUCUUUAUAACUAUUUAUUGUUUGCAUCACUUUUAGGAUGUAACUUUAUAAAUAAACAUGAACGCUGAGGAUUUGCAGAUC